AUGAGACGGUAUCACGUGUGGACACUUCUGUGUGUGUCAUGUUUUCUUACAUGUGCCGUUCUGCUAAUGAGCAGGAGUUCCACUGAAAUUGAGUGUCCAGAUCAAUCGGAUCCUUAUCUCAAGAAAGAAGAACAUAUUUUCCAGGGCGAACAUUUGUUUGAUGUGAAAAAAGACGCACUGGAGACGCUUAAUAUUCCCUAUACAUAUCUACUGGGAUCCUUAUCUAAAAGGAAAAGGUUCCUAACCAUUGGUAUAUCUUCCGUGAAGAGAGAGAAAAGUAACUAUUUGCUGACCACAAUUGAAUCGAUCUUCCACCAUUCCAGCCAGGAGGAGUUGGACCAGUUAAUAGUGGUCAUAUAUAUGGCCAAUACAAAACAUACCCAGAACAGAAAAACUGCAGAGGAAAUUGAAAGGCAAUUUCAUUCAGAGAUUGCUGCUGGACAUCUGAUUGUUAUAAGCAGUUACAUCAAUGCGUAUCCACCUCUAGAUAAUCUAAAAAGGAACUACAAUGACCCUCCCAACAGAGUGACAUUUCGGUCAAAGCAGAACGUGGACUACGCCUUCCUGGUGAACUUCUGUGCCAACAUGUCUCAGUACUACCUCAUGUUAGAGGACGAUGUGACCUGUGCCAUGAACUUCCUGACGUCAAUUAAAACAUACAUUCAGAAACACAACGCACCUUGGACUACAGUGACGUUUUCAAACUUAGGAUACAUUGGUAAGCUUUACCAUAGUGAGGACCUCCAAAAACUAGCCCGUUUUUUACUUCUCUUCUAUGACGAGAUGCCGUGUGACUGGCUUCUAGAUCUCUUCUAUCAAUCCAAAACUCAAAGGGACAAAAUUCAAUCCAAACCUUCACUCUUCCAACACAUAGGAUUCUAUUCCUCAUUCCAGGGAAGUGAGAAUAAAUUGAAAGACAAAGACUUUGCUGAAACGGUGGAACCAUACGGCGAUCAUCCACCUGCCUCUUGCUUUUCCGAUAUUAAAGUGUACAAAGACAACACUCCAGAUAAUGUUUGUUUCGCCGGCCCCAGUUUCUUCUGGGGUUCAGAUAUAAAAGCCGGCAACUAUUUCACCAUGACGUUUAACGACGCAAUUAACAUUGAAAGAAUCAGUAUAAUUACUGGAACUUCUCAACAGCCCACUGAUAUUCUGAGAUCGGGUAACGUAGAGUUAGGAAGACAAAAAGUACAAAGUGAGGGAAAGAAAAGUUGCAAAUUAUUUUCAAAUAUCGGCAAGUUUGAAAAUGGAACAUUUUCACUUGAUAGAAUAAACAGUGCCGCAGGGAAAUCCAUUGACUGCCUUAAAAUUCAGGUUUCUGCAUCUCAAGCAGAAUGGCUCAUAAUACAAAAAGUAGGUAUAUGGGUCAGGCAGGAUACAAACACACAAUAAUACGUCCUCUGACACUGUGACAGACUCUAGGACGCUUCACUCAAAUAUAUUGAACUGUUUUGUAUCAUUCCUUUCA